CUCGUACCUCUUCUUCACCUUCACUCCCGUUCCCAGGCUUCGGCUGCGCUUUCUCUUUAGACCUCCUCUUCGCCCAGAAAUCGUUCCUCGUCUGCGGCUCCUGCGCAAUCAUCGUGAGCAUGUCACAUGGGCUCGAAUGGUCCUUGUACUGCGGCCUCUCCCACACCGUACGGCAUGCCGCAGAUGGGCUCCAGCUGGCUGGCAGGCUGCUGCAAUAGGUCGCAUGUGCUUGUUUUGUCAGUCUGUUAGGCUUGCCCAGGGGCAUACGGUUCGCGUUCUUCGGCAUUUUGCCCAGAUUGAGAUCACUCGCUGCGGUGGCCUGCUCGACGCAGUCACUGCGUCCAAUGUUGGCUGUUGCAUACGGAUCAGAGUUGUCAGCAAUGAGAGACAAUAGCGAUGGAGCUCGUCUUUGGAUCGUUAACGCGGAGGCUGGCGGCUCGAGCUGUUCCCUGCUGCCUGUGUGCUCCGGUACGUCGUAUGUCGUGGGCUCCGCUUCCGCUUCAGGAGAGAGUGCCUUUUUGCUCGGCUCCGCCGUUGCAUCGAAACUCUCUUGCUCAAAAGGACCAUCAAACCGUACGCCAUAACUUCGCUCAAUCCCUGCGAGGCGUCUGCGAGGCCUAGCUGGCGGCUCCGCCACCAGUGUCUCCCAUUGCACGACGGGCUUCCCGUACGCCAGACGCGCCUCUUCGUUGUUCCAGAGUUUCUUAAUGUCCGACUCUGGAGGAUGUAUCCAACGGCAC